UCUCUGCUCACAAUUAUGUACUUCCUUCGUACUAAUUUCUACGGUGUUGGUUAACUUGUCAUGAAAUUUAAGAUAGAAAAGAAAAUUUUUUGAAACUUGCGAUAUAAAUAUUUGUGUGGCCAUAAAUCUGUCAUUAAGGUAAAAUACACAUUUAAAAGUUAAAUUGUUACUGUAUAUAGAAAUGCAUUAUUCUUUUUGGUCCCAAAAAGGAAAAUGUGUCACAUAUGAGAAUCUACACGAACAAGUUAUUAUAAAGUUGCUUGAUCAACUGCAUGUCUUCUUUACUAGUGUAUUGAGAUGUUUCUUGACAGGGUGAAGCUUGGUACUCUUUUUCUCCAGAAAAUUUUGUGGGAAGAAGUUGAUUGAACUUUAUUUAGAAAAAUUCUGGUCCUUGUAGAUGGAAAAAAAAGAAAGUUCUCGAAGAUUGUACAUUACUUCAUGAUGGCAACUGAAGAUAAAACACUGUUUUGUUUCUGUCAUUGGGGUAGGAAAAGUAAGGUGCUUCCAGAUGGAUCAACUUUGUAUGCGGGAGGUAUUACCCGUCAGAUUAUUGUGAAAACUGGCAUAAAGUAUAAUGAUUUUGUGAAUGCAGUUUUUGACCAAUUAUGCCUUGAUCCUUCGGAUAAGAUCUUGCAUUUUACUGUGAAGUUUGAUAGGUUGCAAUUGAUACAGCUGAGCGACCAAGAAGAUGUCAAUUCUCUAUUACAGUUUAAUGAUGGUUCUGCACAUGUCUAUGCAUCCAGUUUGGAGAAGGAGCCUUAUUCUAUACUGCCGUUGGUUGGUGCGGAAAAAGUUGAACUUACUGUUGAUUCAGAUUUGGAAGCAGACACAGUAGCUGAUAGUGUUCUUCCAGAGGUAUAUGAUUAUCAUGAUGCGGAAUUUAGUGAUUUUGACAAGCACAGAGCACAAGAUUGCUUUGCAAGGGAUCAGAUCUGGGCUUGUUUUGAUACAGUUGAUGGAAUGCCAAGAUUCUAUAUGCACAUUAGGAAGGUGGUAGACAGUCCUGAAUUUAAAGUGUUGUUCAGUUGGCUUGAGGCUCAUCCGGAAGAUCAGAAGCAAAAGGCUUGGGUGAGGGCAGAGUUGCCUGUUGGCUGUGGGAAAUUUAGAUGUGGGAGUAAACAAUUCACAUUUGAUCAACUUAUAUUUUCUCAUCAAGUGCAGUGCGAAGUGGACAAAACAGGUGUGUACAUUAUAUAUCCUAGGAAAGGGGAAACAUGGGCUGUUUUCAAAGAUUGGGAUAUUAGUUGGAGUUCUGAUCCAGAUAAUCAUAGGAAAUACAAGUAUGAAAUUGUGGAGAUCCUUUCUGAUUAUGUUGUGGAUGUUGGUGUCCAAGUUUGUUAUUUAGAAAAAGUGACCAGAUUUGUUAGCCUUUUCCAGCGAACAAGGCCGCAGACUGAAGUUAAUACAUUCUUUAUAAAGCCAAAUAAACUUUAUAAGUUCUCUCAUCGAAUUCCGUCUUUCAAAAUGACUGGAACUGAACGAGAGAGUGUACCGGCAGGAUCAUUCGAACUUCACCCUAUUUGUCUUCCGUACAAUUCCAAUGAUAUUUGGUACCCUGGGAAAGUUAAGGAAGACUGCAGGACCGCAAAUUCUGAACCUGUAGAAAAUGUUCUGCCUGUAGCGGUAUCUCUGAAGUCAGGGGACUUGAAUGUCAUCCCGAAUGCUAUUGAUGGAGAUUCUGUUAAGGUUCAGGUAUCUGCUAAGGAAAUGAACAUCUCUGAAAAAAAGCGAACUCAGAUGAGCUCUUGUUAUGCAAAUGAUGGUGAUUUUGUACAUAGUUGUGUUAAAAAAAUCCGUCAAUCAAUUCCCGACGUACCAAUUAAUUUGUCAUGUGAAGCUGAUACAGAGUUGCAUUCACACACAAAGAGCUUUGAUCUCAGCGACACCUUUGAAGAAUUCUUUUGUGAUUUUAAGAUGGACAGAUGUAUGGAAAAGUUUGAAGUAAAUCAGGUAUGGGCUGUUUAUGCUAGAAAUAGUACAUUGCCAAAGACAUACGCGCUGGUUAAGAAGAUAGUUUCUGUGCCAUUCAAAUUGCAUGUAGUCCUUCUUGAAGUAUGUGCAGGGCCUGAUAAUGCUGCUCAGUCGGUUUGUGGAACGUUCAAAGUCGAGAAUGAAAAGUAUCUAGUCUUUUGUCCUAGCUCAUUCUCCCAUGUGGUGAAAGCAGUAUCUGUUAGUGAAACCAGAUUUGAGAUUUAUCCAAGAGGAGGAGAGAUUUGGGCAAUGUACAAGUGCUUGAAAAAAUCAGGUUUCGAUACAGACAAGUUUGAGUAUGAGAUAGUAGAGGUCAUUGAGAAUUCAAAAGAUAACCGGAUACAAGUUUCAUCCAUGGUUCGUGUGAAUGGUUUUAAGUCGGUCUUUAUUAGGUCUCAAACAUCAAAUUCUGUUAUUUUAGAAGAUGAAUUUUGGAGGUUCUCUCACCAGAUCCCGGCAUUUCUGCUGACUGGGGAAAAAGCAGGGGUUUUGAGAGGAUGUUGGGAGCUUGAUCCUGCUUCAGUACCGUGUACUCUGUAAAGUGAUGCACCAGUUGUAGUGUGAAUUGAUGGGAUUGGUUCUCCUAGACUAACACAAGAAAGUAGCAGAUGGAUGUCUAGUUUUUUGAAGUUUGCAUAUUUAUGAUACCUCUUUCCCGUUUGCCAUUGUUGAUAGUCGUCAUCCUUCUCUAUUUUCUUUUCUUUCUAGUUCUGAAGCUGAUUGGAAAGGAAGAUGUAAGUAUGUAAGCAAACCUCCAUAAAAGAAUAUGAGAGGACUGUUCUAUCUUAUUUUUAGUUGACUUCUUAUCAUGCAGACGAUUUGACUCAUUGUUUCAUUAUUCAUUACUUAUUUAUAUUUAUUCAGUAUUUUAGUGGUA